AUGCCGCUCGAUCAUUACGCACACGGGCCACUGUCAGCCACGGGGCUGAUCAACAGAAUCGAACUCGACGAAAUGGACGUCGAUCCAUUACCUGCCAGCCAAAUUCAGAAUGCGCAAAACAGUCAGAACUCAUCGAAAGCGGAAGAAAUGGAGAGCGAAGUUGCCCUCGACUCCCUUGUUAAUCAGAAAGCACACCCUAAUCAUUUCAAGCUGCUAAAAGUGCUCGGUCAAGGUUCUUUCGGAAAGGUCUUUCUGGUGCAGAAAAACGAAGGCGCUGACCGCGGAAAAUACUUCGCCAUGAAAGUUCUGAAAAAGGCGGCGCUCAAAGUGCGCGAUCGAGAAAGAACGAAACUCGAGCGCAACAUCCUCGCCAUGGUCAGACAUCCAUUCAUCGUCGAGCUGUAUUAUGCGAUGCAGACUGAAGGCAAAUUGUAUCUAGUGCUAGAAUUCGUCCAAGGGGGCGAUUUGUUUACCCGCUUGAGUAAAGAGAUAAUGUUCACGGAACGAGAUGUACAGUUCUACCUCGCCGAACUUGCCACUGCCCUAAUUCAUAUUCAUUCUCUUGGAAUCAUCUAUCGCGAUUUGAAGCCCGAGAACGUCCUCGUCGCCAAAGACGGCCACAUAAAGCUGACGGAUUUUGGCCUAUCAAAAGAAUCGUUCGAGCACGCCGACAACGAGAACAAAGCGGGCUCGUUCUGCGGCACGGUGGAAUACAUGGCGCCCGAAGUGAUCAAACGCACGGGCCACGACCACGUCUGUGACUGGUGGAGCUUUGCUGUACUCAUGUUCGAAAUGCUGACGGGCUCGUUACCCUUCCGCGACAAGAACAGAAAAAUGACGAUGCAGCUGAUCUGCAAGGACAAACUGGCGAUGCCAGCGUUUUUGACUGCCGAAGCGCAAUCGUUACUCCGCAAAUUGUUCAAGAGAAAGCCACAGAAUCGACUUGGAGCAGGCCCGGAAGGUCCAAACAACAUCAAACGCCACGAGUUCUUCCAAGGAAUCGACUGGAACAAACUAGUGCGGAAGGAAAUCAAGCCGCCAUUUAUCCCAACCAUCGACAGAAACGACCACUGCGGAACCGAGUACUUCGACAAAGACUUCACCCGUCGCGUCGCGCAAGAUUCGCCAGCUAUUCCAGCCUCGGCCGGCGCAAAUCAACUGUUUCGCGGCUUUUCGUUUACGAGAGGGAGCCAUGAAAAGAAUCCUAUGUCGCCGGGGGAAUUGACUGAAAGUCACUUUAGAAAUAAUGCUCCGGAAGGGUUCUUUUUGACACAAGCAUCGAACAACGAAAAGAAAACAUUCCACACAGAAUACGAGCUUUUAGAUGUCAUCGGAAAAGGCUCAUAUUCGGAAGUCAAGAAAUGCCGCCAUAAAAAGACGGGAAAGCUGUACGCUGUCAAAAUAUCAAAGAAAUCAGGUUCUACUCAUCCCCUGGACAAUGGAAUGCGCGAUGAUGAAAUUGAAAUUCUCGUGCGCUUCAGUAGCCAUCCAAACAUAAUCACAGUCAAGGAUUUCUUCAUGGAAAAGGCGGAGAAUAACUUUGCCGUAUAUCUGGUGACAGAGUUGAUGGAAGGCGGCGAGAUCUUCACAAAGAUUCAGCAGCAGAAAGCGUUUUCUGAAAGAGAAGCCAGUGCGGUUAUGAAGACAGUUGUUUCUACAGUUGCCUAUCUCCAUGAAAAUGACAUUGCUCAUCGCGACUUGAAACCGUCGAACAUUCUGUACGCGGACGAGACUGGCGACCCGUCGACGAUCUGUCUCGUUGACUUCGGCUUUGCCAAGCAGCUUCGGCAUGAAAAUGGUAUGCUGAUGACACCGUGCUAUACGAAGUCGUAUGUGGCGCCAGAAGUUUUCAACAAGCAACAAUACGACUUGUCGUGUGAUAUCUGGUCCCUUGGCUGCAUCAUGUUCACGAUGCUCGUUGGAAAGACCCCAUUUGGUAUAUUGCCGUCGGAUUCUGAAGAAGUCGUCGCGCAGAAACUCGCCUCCUGUGAACUCAACUUUGACGACCCCAAAGUCAACGUUGCUCUUUCUCCACAAGCCAAAUCGCUUCUUGAACGACUUCUCAGUAUUGACAGCAAAUCGAGGCCAACAGCGAAACAAAUUCUGGAAGACGAAUGGAUCAAAAACUGUAAAAAGCUUCCAUCAAAAAACAUCGCGGCGCUGGAAUCACCCGUCGACAUUUCAAAAGGGGUUAGCAGUGCGAUAAAAGUCGUCACUAAUUCCAGUAGAAACUCGUCAAAACAAGGAGGCAUCUCGCUCCAAGCUCCCGUUAGUUCAGGGUUAUUCAAGCGACGUUUGAAAAACUUCGGCAAAAACUUCCCAAGUUCGUUAAAGUUCUAA